CUGGGCUGGAUCCGCAAUGGGGAGUCCAUGCUGAACGCAAGCCUUGUUAAUGCCAGUUCAUUGUCGGAGGCGGAGCAGCUGCAGAGAGAACAUGAACAGUUCCAGAUGGCUAUUGAGUCGCUGUUCAAUGCCAGCUCUCUGCAGAAAACCCACCAGAGUGCCCUGCAGGUCCAGCAGAAGGCCGAGGCCUUGUUACAAGCCGGGCAUUACGACGCCGAUGCCAUCCGGGAGUGUGCCGAGAAAGUGGCCAUGCACUGGCAGCAGCUCAUGCUGAAGAUGGAGGACAGGCUGAAGCUAGUGAACGCCUCGGUGGCCUUCUACAAAACUUCGGAGCAGGUGUGCAGUGUGUUGGAAAGCCUGGAGCAGGAAUACCGGAGAGACGAGGACUGGUGCCGGGGACAUGACAAGCUGGGACCCGCCUCCGACACGGACCACAUAAUGCCGUUGAUCAGCAAACAUCUGGAGCAGAAGGAAGCCUUCCUGAAGGCGUGCACACUUGCCCGGAGAAAUGCGGAGGUCUUCUUAAAGUACAUUCACCGCAACAAUGUCAGCAUGCCAGGCGUGGCCCCUCACACGCGGGGGCCCGAGCAGCAAGUUAAAGCCAUCCUCAGCGAGCUCCUUCAAAGAGAGAACCGCGUCCUGCACUUCUGGACCCUGAAGAAGCGGCGGCUGGACCAGUGCCAGCAGUACGUGGUGUUCGAGAGAAGCGCCAAGCAGGCUCUGGACUGGAUUCAGGAGACGGGGGAGCACUUCCUCUCCACGCACAUAUCUACUGGGGAGAGUCUGGACCAAACGCAAAGUCUACUGAAGGAAUAUGAGGACUUCCGCUGUCCCGCCAAGCAAACGAAGGAGAAGGUGCGUCUCCUGAUCCAGCUGGCGGACAGCUUUGUGGAGAAGGGUCACGUGCACGCCACGGAGCUGAAGAAAUGGGUCACCACUGUGAACAAGCAUUACCGCGACUUCUCCCUGCGGAUGGGGAAGUACCAGUGCUCCCUGCAGAGGGCGCUGGGCAUCAGCACUGAGGACAAUAAAGACCUGGAACUGGACAUCGUCCCGGCCAUCCUGACCGACCCGGAAGUAAAACUGCGAGACGCCAGCCACGAGGUCAACGAGGAGAAGAGGAAGUCCGCCCGGAAAAAAGAAGGUCCUUCUCUUUUCAGGUUCAUCAUGGCGGAGCUCCUCCAGACGGAGAAGGCGUACGUCCGAGAUCUGCACGAGUGUAUGGAGACCUACCUGUGGGAGAUGACGAGCGGCGUGGAGGAGAUCCCCCCGGGAAUCCUCAAUAAAGAACACAUCAUCUUCGGGAACAUCCAGGAAAUCUACGACUUUCACAACAACAUCUUCUUGAAGGAGCUGGAGAAGUACGAGCAACUCCCGGAGGACGUCGGACAUUGUUUCGUCACGUGGGCGGAUAAGUUCCACAUGUAUGUGACUUACUGUAAGAACAAGCCGGACUCCAGCCAGCUCAUCCUGGAGCACGCCGGGGCCUUCUUCGAUGAGAUCCAACAGCGGCACGGAUUGGCCAAUUCCAUCUCCUCGUAUCUCAUCAAACCCGUGCAGAGGAUCACCAAGUACCAGCUCCUUCUCAAGGAGCUGCUGACGUGCUGCGAGGAAGGGAAGGGAGAGAUAAAGGACGGCCUGGAAGUAAUGCUCAGCGUGCCAAAGAGAGCCAACGACGCCAUGCAUGUCAGCAUGCUGGAAGGGUUUGAUGAAAACCUGGACGUUCAGGGUGAGCUUAUUCUGCAGGAUUCUUUCCAAGUCUGGGAUCCCAAAUCUCUGAUCCGCAAGGGGCGGGACCGACACCUUUUCCUUUUCGAGAUUUCUCUGGUGUUCAGCAAGGAGAUCAAAGACUCUGCAGGACACACAAAAUAUGUUUACAAAAACAAGCUGCUGACCUCCGAGUUGGGGGUGACGGAACACGUUGAAGGAGACCCCUGCAAGUUCGCCUUGUGGUCGGGCCGGACGCCGUCGUCUGAUAACAAGACGGUGCUCAAGGCAUCCAGCAUUGAGGCGAAGCAGGACUGGAUCAAGAACAUCCGAGAGGUGAUCCAGGAGAGAAUGAUCCACCUGAAAGGAGCGCUAAAAGAGCCGAUUCAGCCGCCGAAGACCCCGGCCAAGCAGAGGAACAACAGCAAGAGGGACGGGUUGGAGGAUCUGGACAGUCAGGGUGACGGCAGCAGCCAGCCGGACACAAUCUCCAUCGCCUCCCGGACCUCGCAGAACACUGUAGACAGCGACAAGUUGUCGGGAGGCUGUGAACUCACCACGGUGCUCCAGGAUUUCGUCGCCAUCCACAGCAAUGAGCUGAGCAUCCAGGUGGGCCAGACGGUGGAGCUGCUGGAGAAGCCGAGCGACCGCCCCGGAUGGUGUUUGGUGAAGACGACGGAACGGAGCCCCCCGCAGGAAGGCCUGGUGCCCAGCAGUGCCCUGUGCAUCUCCCACUCCCGGAGCAGCGUGGAGAUGGAGUGCUUCUUCCCGUCGGGAAAAGAUGCUUUUUCCAUCACGGGAGAAAACGGCGGCAAGACCGACUCGGUGGCCAACCUGCACCCGCAGUCCUCUCUGAACUCCAUCUCCAGCUCGCCGGGGCCCAAGCGCUCCACCAACACCCUGAAGAAGUGGCUGACCAGCCCCGUCCGGCGGCUCAACAGCGGCAAGGCCGAGAGCAACAUCAAGAAGCAGAAGAAGAGGGAGGGGCGCAACCUGGGCUCCCCGCGUGCCAACGACGACACCACCCCUCAGGGCGACAGCGCUGAUGAGAAGGGCAAGAAAGGUUGGGACGAGGAGGCGGAUGACGACUCGCACACUCCGCUGCCGCCGCCCAUGAAGAUCUUCGACAACGAGCCGGUGCCGGCGCCAGACGACAAGCCCUCCUUACUUGUGGCCCGUCAGAGCUCGGGCGAGGUGCCCAGUGCGGCCGAGCUGGUCAGUGCUAUUGAGAACCUGGUCAGGAACAAAAUGACCAUAGACGGAGGAUCGUACUCGGGCUCUCAGAUGAACUCGGUAACAGACGGGUAUUCCAACGAAGGGAUGAUGCCAAUGCCGGUGCCCAGGAACCACGAGGAGGAGCAGAAGGCCAAGGCUCUCCGAGGAAGAAUGUUUGUCCUAAACGAGUUGGUCCAGACGGAGAAGGAUUAUGUGAAAGAUCUGGGGGUGGUGGUAGAGGGCUUCAUCCCACGGAUAGAGGAGAAAGGGACCCCAGAUGACAUGAACGGGAAAGAGAAGAUCGUGUUCGGCAACAUUCAUCAGAUCUACGACUGGCAUAAAGAUUUUUUCAUGGCAGAAUUAGAACAAUGCCUGAAGGACCCGGAUCGCCUCGCUCCGCUUUUCAUUAAACAGGAGAGGAAGCUGCUGAUGUACGUAGUGUAUUGCCAAAACAAACCUCGCUCGGAAUACGUUGUCGCAGAAUACGACUCUUAUUUUGAGGAGGUGAAGCAGGAGAUAAACCAGAGAUUCAAUAUCAGCGAUUUCCUCAUUAAACCCAUCCAGAGGAUAACCAAGUACCAGCUGCUGCUAAAGGAUUUCUUCAAGUACAGUCAGAAGGCCGGUCUGGAAUGCUCUGAGCUUGAGAAAUCGGUGGAGUUAAUGUGCCUUGUACCCAAACGCUGCAAUGACAUGAUGAACUUGGGGCGACUUCAGGGAUUUGAGGGAAAGCUGACCGCUCAGGGGAAGUUGCUCCAGCAGGACACGUUCUUUGUGAUUGAGCAGGAAUCCGGACUCCAGUCUCGGCCUAAAGAACGGAGAGUUUUCCUGUUCGAACAGAUCGUCAUCUUCAGUGAACUUCUCCGGAGGGGAUCGUCCAACCCCGGCUACAUGUUCAAAAAAGGAAUCAAGAUGAACUAUCUCGUCCUGGAGGAAAACAUUGACAACGACCCCAGUAAGUUUGCUCUGAGGAGCCGUGAGUCGACGGAACGCGUCAUUCUCCAGGCCGCCAACCCCGAGAUCAAACAGGCCUGGGUGCUGGACAUCGGUCAAGUGUUGGAAACCCAGCGAGACUUUGUGAACGCUCUGCAAUCGCCAAUAGAAUAUCAGCGGAAGGAGAGCAACGCCGCCAUGAACAAACCCCAGUUGAGUCGGGCGCCGACUCCCAGCAGCAGACCCGUCUCCACCACCCCCGUCAGCUCUGAGAAAUGCGUCAACCUGCCGCGAAACCCGUCUCUAUCGCAACGGAAAGCACCUACCUCGAAUGGCAGCCCAGGGUAUGAUCUGUACCAGCCUACCGACAAGUACGACUCCAGCCAGAACGAGGUGUCCGGCUGUAACGGAGCGGCGUCCAUGGCGAUUGUUCAGGACUACUAUGCACUGAAAGAGAACGAGAUCUGCGUCUACCAGGGGGAGAUUGUACAAAUCCUGGCCAUCAACCAGCAGAACAUGUUCCUGGUCUACCGGCCCGCCAACAACCACUCCCCGGCGGCGGAAGGCUGGAUCCCCGGCUCCGUUUUGGGGCAAAUUACUAAGACCUCUGCUGACAGUAGCGACAGAAGCAUCAAGAAGUCAUGUUCUUGGCACACUCUCCGCAUGAGGAAACGGGAUGGCAAGGAGCCGAACGGCCAGUGUAAAAGCGUGGAGGGUCUGGGCAGCAAGGUGAAAGACCACAACAGUUCCGAGGAGUCGGAAUGCGAUGACUUUGAUCCCGGCGCUAGCAUGGAGAUCAUCAAUCCCAAUUUCAUCCAGGAAGUGGCCCCGGAGUUCCUCCUGACUCUGGUAGACAUUAUAUGUGUUGUUGGCGACACGGUGACCCUACACUGCAAGGUCUGCGGCCGACCCAAACCGACAAUCACGUGGAAGGGCCCGGAUCAGAACAUUCUGGAUGGUGAGGGCAGCACUUACACCAUGACAGCCAGCGAAUCCGGCGACAUUCGUUUGAAGAUCUAUAAUCUGAUGCCCCAGGACAGCGGGAUCUACACCUGUGUGGCGACCAAUGAGCUGGGUUGUACCUCCACCUCCGCCACCAUCAAAGUACAAGGUGUCCCCGGGGCCCCCAGCCAGCCUGUAGCCCAGGAGAGAAACAGCUCCUCAGUCAUCCUCCGCUGGCUCCCUCCAUCAAGUACAGGGAACUGCACCAUCUCCGGAUACACCGUGGAGUACAAGGAUGAAGGCUCCCAGGUCUGGCAGCAGUCAGUGGCCUGUACGCUGGAUACUUACCUUGUACUGGAGGACCUGAGGCCUGGAGGCGCUUACCAGUUCAGAGUCAGUGCCAGCAACCCCUGGGGCAUCAGCCUGCCCAGCGAGCCAUCGGAACCCCUUCGGCUGCCUGAGAACGACGCCAACACUGACGGCUCCACCGUUUGCUGGAAGGAGAACUUCGACCAGAUGUACGUGGAGCUGCAGGAGAUCGGCCGGGGUCGGUUCUCGGUGGUGAAGAAGUGCGUUCAGAGGAACACGCGGAAGGACGUCGCCGUGAAAUUCGUCAACAAGAAGCUGAAAAAGCGCGAACAGGCGUCCCACGAGGCGGCGCUGCUCCAGCACCUCCAACACCCGCAGUACCUCGCCCUCCAUGACACCUACGAGUCGCCCAACGCCUACAUCCUCGUCCUGGACCUGGUGGACGACGGCCGCUUGCUGGAUUAUCUCAUGAAGCACGAUGAGCUGAUGGAGGAGAAGGUGGCCUUCUACAUGCGGGACAUCCUGGGGGCCCUCCAGUAUCUGCACGGCUGCCGCGUCGCCCACUUGGACCUCAAGCCUGAGAACCUCCUGAUCGACCUCCGUAUCCCGGUCCCACGGGUGAAAAUUAUCGACCUCGAAGACGCCACGAGGAUUAGCGGUCACUAUUAUGUCCACCAGCUGCUGGGGAACGCGGAAUUCACUGCUCCGGAGGUGAUUAAAGGCACGCCGGUUUCCCUGGCGACCGACAUCUGGAGUCUGGGCGUUCUGACGUACGUCAUGCUGAGCGGCGUGUCGCCAUUCCUAGACGAGAGCAGCGAGGAGACCUGUAUGAACAUCUGCAGGGUGGACUUCUCCUUCCCGCUGGAGUAUUUCACCAGUGUCAGCCAAGCCGCUCAGGACUUCAUCCGGGCCGCACUGCAGAUGGACGCCCGCUGGAGGCCCACGGUGGCCACCUGUCUGCUCCAUCCCUGGCUCCAGCCUCACUAUAGCAAUUAUUCCAAAAUCCCCCUGGACACCACGCGACUGACCACCUUCAUCGAGAGGCGGAGCCACCAGAAUGAUGCCCGUCCGCUGCCCAAUGCCAAGAGCUUCAUUGUGAACCGUAAUGCCAUAGGAACAUGAAGGCCUCACCACCUCCUGCUGAAUCAGUAUUAACCAGGACGGCAAUGGAUACAUUUGUAGCGGGUUCAUAUCCUGCGCCGGCCCGUAUUCUGAAACAGGGAUUGGUUGGAUGGUUGAGGACCUCCAUUUUUCAAAGGGAUGGUUGGGGGAACUUCAUUUCUCAGAGGGAUUGAGGACCUCCCAUUUUUCAAAGGGAUGGUUGGGGGAACUUCAUUUCUCAGAGGGAUAGUUGAGGACUUCCAUUUCUCAGAGGGAUGGUUGAGGACUUUCAUUUCUCAGAGGGAUGGUUGAGGACUUUCAUUUCUCAGAGGGAUGGUUGAGGACUUUCAUUUCUCAGAGGGAUGGUUGAGGACUUUAAUUUCUCAGAGGGAUGGUUGAGGACUUUCAUUUCUCAGAGGGAUGGUUGAGGACUUUCAUUUCUCAGAGGGAUGGUUGAGGACUUUCAUUUCUCAGAGGGAUGGUUGAGGACUUUCAUUUCUCAGAGGGAUAGUUGAGGACUUCCAUUUCUCAGAGGGAUAGUUGAGGACUUUAAUUCCUCAGAGGGAUGGUUGAGGACUUUCAUUUCUCAGAGGGAUGGUUGAGGACUUUCAUUUCUCAGAGGGAUAGUUGAGGACCUCCAUUUCUCAGAGGGAUGGUUGAGGACUUUCAUUUCUCAGAGGGAUGGUUGAGGACUUUCAUUUCUCAGAGGGAUGGUUGAGGACUUCCAUUUCUCAGAGGGAUGGUUGAGGACUUCCAUUU